CAUCCAUUGUGUACGUGCUUUUGGUGAUCUCCUUCAGAUAAUGAAAUCUAUGGGACCUUUUCCUGCUGGUUUCAUUCUGCACUCUUAUCUUGGAUCUGCUCAGAUGGUUCCUGAGUUCUCCAAGCUAGGUGCUUACUUCUCAUUUUCGGGUUUUCUCAUGUCCAUGGAGGCAAAGAAGGCAAAGAAAAUGCUGAAAAUGGUGCCCUCGGAUAGGAUUUUGUUGGAAACUGAUGCGCCUGAUGCACUUCCCAAGUCAAAGUUAGACUCCCUCUAUUUUGUUGAAGGCGAUCCUUCUCUUCCCGAAUGUCUGAAGACCCAAGAACAAUCUGCUGCCCAAACAGGCUCACAACAAAGUACAUUGCCUGGUUCUUCCACCGAUGCAUCGACGCUGCCAAAAGGGACUCUCAAUCAUCCAGCAAAUAUCCAAAAUGUACUUCACUGA